AUGCCACCCGUGCUCUCGUCCGAUACCGUUCUUUACAACGACGAAGCUACCGACAUUGAGCGCUUCCGUGCUCGUCAUCGCCGGCUGUGCCGCGACUACCAAGAAAACUCGGCGCAAACCUCUAAACGAGUCGAGAGUGUGGACGAAGACGAUGGCCGCAAACGCAAAAUCCCCGCCAAGUGGCGUGCGAAGCAGUGCCAGACCUGGAACCAGCACGAAGACGGCUACUGGCCCGAGUCGGCCGGCACCGAGAUGCACCUCGGUUUCAACGCCUUCGACUUCUCGGCGUCGCCCGAGGCCUUCAACGACGAGCCAGAGGACCCGAUCGAGAUCAUCGACCUGCGGUACGACACCUUCUGUGAAGAAGAUGACCUGGUGCUCAUGGCCGAUGUGGCGAAGCAAGUGACAUCCAUGGGCUUCAGCAGUGACAGCCUUUGGGGGUGGAAACUCCCUGGCCUUCGGCAGUCCACGCAACAGCUCCCGUCUUUAAAUCGAGACGGUGUGUGGGGCGGCCCAAUUCACCACGUUACGCACAGCACGCCAGAACGAGCUCUUUACUAUCGCUACUAUGCGUGA